GAACUUGUCUUAGGUCACCAGGAGGUGAGAGGUGGUCUGGGAUUUGGACGCAGCUCCACUGGAUGCCAGAACCUCACACUACCUCACCUUCAGGGAUAUUUAGGAGUUAAAAGGCUAAGAAAUGAACCAUUGGGCUCAGCUGGAACCGAGUAGUAAAGGACGCCCGUGAACAGCCUCCAUGAGGCCCUGGACCAGUGCAUGACCGCCCUGGACCUCUUCCUCACCAACCAGUUCUCAGAAGCACUCAGCUACCUCAAGCCCAGAACCAAGGAGAGCAUGUACCACUCACUGACGUAUGCCACCAUCCUGGAGAUGCAGGCCAUGAUGACCUUUGACCCUCAGGACAUCCUACUUGCUGGCAACAUGAUGAAGGAGGCGCAGUUGCUGUGUCAGAGGUACCGGAAGAAGUCCUCUGUAACAGAUUCCUUCAGCAACCUUGUGCACCGCCCCACCAUGGAUCAGUUCACGGAAGAGGAAAUCCACGCUGAGGUCUGCUACGCAGAAUGCCUGCUGCAGAGAGCAGCCCUGACUUUCCUGCAGGAUGAGAACAUGGUGAGCUUCAUCAAGGGCGGCAUCAAAGUUCGAAACAGCUACCAGACUUACAAGGAGCUGGACAGCCUCGUGCAGUCCUCACAAUACAGCAAGGGGGAGAACCACAGGCACUUCGAAGGAGGCGUGAAGCUUGGUGUGGGUGCCUUCAACCUGACGCUGUCCAUGCUUCCUACUAGGAUCCUGAGGCUGCUGGAGUUCGUGGGGUUUUCAGGAAACAAGGACUAUGGGCUGCUGCAGCUGGCGGAGGGCGCCUCGGGGCACAGCUUCCGUGCAGUGCUCUGCGUCAUGCUGCUGCUGUGCUACCACACCUUCCUCACCUUCGUGCUUGGCACCGGGAAUGUCAACAUCGAGGAGGCAGAGCAGCUCUUGAAGCCCUACCUGAAGCGAUACCCUAAGGGCGCCAUCUUCCUGUUCUUUGCAGGGCGGAUUGAAGCCAUCAAAGGCAAUGUUGACGCCGCCGUCCGGCGCUUCGAGGAGUGUUGUGAGGCCCAGCAGCACUGGAAGCAGUUCCACCACAUGUGCUACUGGGAGCUGAUGUGGUGCUUCACCUACAAGGGCCAGUGGAAGAUGGCCUACUUCUACGCCGACCUGCUCAGCAAGGAGAACUCCUGGUCCAAGGCCACCUACAUCUACAUGAAGGCUGCCUACCUCAGCAUGUUUGGGAAGGACGACUACAAGCCGUUUGGGGAUGACGAAGUGGAGUUGUUUAGGGCUGUGCCAGGCCUGAAACUCAAGAUCGCUGGGAAAUCUCUACCCACAGAGAAGUUUGCCAUCCGGAAGUCCAGGCGCUACCUUGCUCCCACACCCAUCUCAUUGCCAAUCCCUGCUCUGGAAAUGAUGUACAUUUGGAAUGGCUACGCUGUGAUUGGGAAGCAGCCCGAACUCACAGAUGGGAUACUUGAGAUUAUCACCAAGGCUGAAGAAAUGCUGGAAAAGGGCCCAGAAAAUGAGUACUCAGUGGAUGAUGAGUGCUUGGUGAAGCUGCUGAAAGGCCUGUGUCUGAAAUACCUGGGCCGUGUCCAGGAGGCUGAGGAGAAUUUCAGGAGCAUCUCUGCCAACGAAAAGAAGAUUAAAUAUGACCACUACUUGAUCCCAAAUGCCCUGCUGGAGCUGGCUCUGCUGUUUAUGGAGCAAGGCAGAAACGAAGAGGCUGUCAAACUCUUGGAAACUGCCAAGCAAAACUACAAGAAUUACUCCAUGGAGUCAAGGACACAUUUUCGAAUCCAGGCAGCCACACUCCAAGCCAAGUCUUCUCUAGAGAAUGUAAGCAGAGCUGUGGUCUCAUCAGUGUCCCUGUAGUUUGGCACAGCACUCCCAAGCUGGCAGACAGACAGCUGGACAGAGCUCCUGGAAACAUUUAAAAACUGAUCCCCACCCGCUGCCCUGCCUUUGGGGUCCACCGGUGCUCCAGUGGGAUGGCACGACAUGAGUAUCCGUGAAGAAGCCAAGCCUACAUUUUCACCUGUGUGGCCAAGGUCCUUUGCCAAGGACAGAGCAGGUGGAGCCCUCCGCCUGCCCUAUCACAUAUACGGGUACUUGUUUUUCACUGUGAUGUUUAAGAGAAUGUAUGAACAGUUUACAUUUUACUUAGAAAUACAAUGAUGGGAUCAUAGUUGGCUUUUCAAAAAACCACCAACCAACCACCUGUAACCUUUGCUUUAACCCAUACUGAUCGGGAGGUAAAUCUGUAUGCUGCCAAAGGCCAAACUGCUUUUCAAAUGUCAGCACGGUCUCAGCUCCCAGGGCUGGAAGGACCCUCAGGAUGGUCUGCACCUCAGGCUUCAAGGCUUCUGGGGUUGCACAGAGACACUCACUAUCUUUCUUCUUACACUUUGUUUUAACUCCCUUUGUAUCUGUCCAAAUUUUAAAAAGCAAACAUGUCUAUUUAGUGAGAGAACUUUCAUUGGGAUCCAUCUGUAGGAAAUCAGUCUCCACUAGUAAGGAAUGGGGAUGCCGAGGCCUGACAGAAGGGGACCUGUGUGGCUCUUUCUGUGCCAUGAAGUUGCGGAAAAAGGGGGGGGGGGGGGGGGGGGGUGCCGUCAGAUUGAAACCAUUGGGAAUUAUUUAAAAAAUCUUCUGUACUUCAUUCUGAGGUACAUUUAUUUACUGACAGCAUUUUUCUUAGAAAUAGGAUGGUAAUUCUUGGCAUAUUUUAUAUGUUUUAAUUUUUUUUCAGUUAAGAGAAAAGAGAUAUUUAAGUAAUAAAACUUAUACUUAAAAGAGAACAUGCAACAUCUACUAGUAUUUCAGUAAAAUAUGUGUUGCUUGAAUUCUUAGGCAGGGCAGAAAGUUUGGAUCAGAAACCAUAUGACCCAGGUAUGUUUUAUUUGAACAACAUGAUAUUUAAAAAAAUUUUAGAAUAAGUUAACAACAUUUAAAAAUGGGGAGAUUUCAAAUAAGUCUGGUUUCUGACUUCUAAUUUAAAAAAAAAAUCUGGCAACAUGGGGCCUCAUUACCAUAAGGCAAUAAGGCAACAAUCAGUUGGAGCUGAGUAGAGGCUACUUUAAAUACUUAUCUUUCUGGUCUCUAAAAGCACCUGCAUUUGCAACUUCUGGGAUGGUUAAAAUGAGAACUCAAGUUCAGUAACCAACACCAAAUUUUACCAUUCACAAUCUCAUGACAGCAUACUUCAAUUUAACCAUUUCCCUAGAAAAAUCAUGGACACAGUAAAAAUAGUCAUCUAUGAACAUGUGACUCCUCAAAUACAUGAAUGCAAUUUCUUUUAAGGGAAGGACCGUAGACAACUUUCCCAGUCUUCCAGCACUGCGGUAUUUAGCAAACACUUUUGAGCAUCUGUCAGAGGCUGGGUGGGUUAAUCUAUUAAUGUACAGUCAACCAGCUUCCUAUGACUGACACUGAAUGAAGCAAUGGGUUAUAGGCAUUUUCUCAUUAGGGAAAGAAGAGCAGAAAACCCUCAUUCAAGCUCCUCCUUUGCACUUAGUACUGUCACAGCAGAAAUGCUACGAAGUUUUUUUUUCUCAUUUUGUUAGAACUAGACAAAAGAAUGCUCUCCAUAGAGCAGCCCUUUGCAAGCUCUAUCUCCUCCAAAGCCUGGGUGCUGGGAGACCAGUUUGUUUCUAGGUGACUGGGCAUGGCAGGGUCAGAGGUGACUAGAGCCAGGCUGCUGAGAGGAUAGCAUUUAGUGGCUUCCCCACAUAUUAGAAGAACUCUACCUGCUGCUGUAUAAAAGCAGUACUGGCCAUAGAUACAAAAUAUAAUUUGCAAAAUAGUUUAUAAAAAGCUUUAUUUCAACCUUUAUUUUAGGUGCUUCUGCUUGUAUUUUAAAGUUUAGUCAGACAGUUUCCUUGUCAGUGUUUGUUGGUGUUUUCUUGCUGGGCUUCAUUAAUUAGCCUACGUCACCUUUACCUCUGUCUGCUGCCUUGGCUGCAGUCUGGCUGAUAAGAGAAAUCAGUGGAUUUUGUCUCCUUUAUCCCAGCUGCAGCUUGAGAUAGUCUGUGAAAACAUGUAUGUGGAGGAGAGUGGAGGGUGACCAUAUUGGGUGUCUGACACCAUGUCCUGUGCAGAGGCCUUUGAAGGUGAAAAUUCCAUUAUGGGCUUCUCACUGUGUCUCUUUGAGCCAUUUCUGGUUACUUCUCUUAAAGACUUUUCCAGCACAUCUGCCCUGGAUAGGCAGCUGGUCAGGUGGAGACUUUUGGCCUAAAAAUAAGGAGACUUGAAUUGUUGUCCCUGCUUUGCUACUGACUGAUUUUCAGAGUAACCUUAGGGAAAUCACAAACCCUCUAAAAACUAGUAAUUUGGACUAGAUUACUCUCUUUCCUGCUGUCAACAGUUCGAAUUCUAACUCUGGUCAAGUCUGUUGGUGGGUUUUCAUCUCCAAAACGAGGCAACAGAUACAUAACUCUACUUUUUGCCAAAACUUAACCAGAAAUGAUAGGUUUCCUCAAUCAGGGGCCCCGACAGUAGCCCAGGAUACCCAGAGAGCAAAUAAUCCUCAUUUGGGGCAAGUCUGCAUUCUGUGCCACACAGAGGAACUCGGUUGUUAGGAAGUAGCAACUGUGUAACAUGACCUGAACAGGCCCUUGACAACGGAAAGUCUACCUCUGCCUCUCACUGAUCACAGGCCCUUGGGCUGGCUGGCUGGCUUUCAGCAGUGUGCUACUCCCUAUCAGUUCUCCCAUGUGUUGGCAGGAUUCCCUAUUCCUUAUCUUUCAAGUCAGAAUGGAAGUGUUUCCAAGACCUCUAUCGUCAUUCAUGCAAAAAGCCAGGACCUGACAGCAAAGACAGGACCCUAAAGGGCCAACACCAACCCAAGACUUGGCUGAGGUCCAGGUGGGCGAUUCCCAGCAACUGAAGAACAGCACUAGGAGGUUUUAGAAAACUCUAGCCUGUGACUACAAAGGAAUAAAAUCCAGACACUUUUUUCUG